AUGAUAGAUCGAAUUGAAGCAUUCCAUAAUGGUUGCUUUUUGCAUAGAGACAUUAAACCUGAUAAAUUUUUACUUGAGGCAAGCUCAUCACCUAUAGUGAUUUAUCUAAUUGAUUAUGGGCUUUCAAAAUACUAUAUUGUAUAAUUAGAUGUAACUAAUAUAGAAUUCAAAAGGGGAUCAUAUCUAAUAAAUUUAGAAAGUAAGUUUGAUUGGUACUGCCAGAAAUGCUAGCAUUAGUGUUCAUGAUGAAAUAGAAUAAUUAAAAUAUUCAAAGAAUUCAGAAUUUUAAGUCGUUAUCGUUAACAUAAUAUUAGCUAAUGUAGAAAUAUUAUUCAUAGUUUUAGUUUUUAACUGUAUAAAUUUAUUUGUUCUCAAUAUAAUAUUUUUUAUGAAAAUAAACAAUUUAAGGAAAAUUAUUCAUCAUUAUAGAAUAUAAUCAUUUAACUAAAAACUAUUGUAUUGUUAACUUGAUUCAUAAAGCAUUGUUAUUUUCUUUCCAGUUUAUUUUUAUGAAUUACCAUUGCUAUAAAUAUCCUUUUUUUGUUAAUUCUACUUUUCAAAUUUAGCUUUGAUUUUUUUAAAAAUAUCUAUUGAAACUGAUAUUAAUCUACAUAGCAGUUCCUUACCUAUGCAUAUUCAUAAUAUUCAUUAUGUUAAUUAUAUAUAAAUUUUGGAAGAAAAGUAUAUAAUUGACUGGAUUAUUCUAUUUUCAUAGUUUUCUCUAUAUUUGUAUAAUUAGUCUUUUUGUUAAAACAUUUUUAUGAAGAUAUGA